AUGGAGACCACAACCGCUGCAAAUGAAUUGAAUUCGCUAUUGGAGUCAGAAGUGGUGGAAGGGUAUACCGAGGCUGCACAUGACAAUGGAAAUAGUAUUGAGUCGGACGAAGAUGAAGAACUUACCUGGAUAAGAGAACAUGCCGAGUCACACAAACAAACUUGCUGGGUUACAAGACCUUCAAUGUUCCAAUUGUGUUUUAUCCUCGUUGGCUUCACUUUAGCGAUGUCAAUGACGGAGGGAACGAGACGAAUUGUGCUAGUAAAGUUGGCAUGUAAUUCGUCGUUGGACUCAAAAGGUUUCUGUUCGCCUGUCAAUACACAACUCAUAUUGUCAUCUUUUGACCAAUAUGGGUUGUUUGGAAGUACAAUACUUUCAUUUGCUGCCAUUUCAAAAUUUGGCUUGUCCGAUAUUUACGGACGAAAGCCAUUUUUAGUAGCAGCAGUACUAUCAUUUACUGUUUCCAAUUGUUUGCUGUUCUACUUUUAUCACUUUGAAACAUUUGAAUUUGGAUGGUUACUUGCAUCAACAAUCUUAUCUGCAGUUGGUGGCGGUUACAUGAUGAUAGGAACUAUCGUCAACACUUGUGUUGUUGAUUUGAAUCUGAAACCAUCACAAAGAGCUAACGCAUUAGCUAGAGUCUCUGCAUUUACAAAUGGUGGUCAAUUUUUAGGGCCAAUCAUAGGGACACAAUUGAGCGCAUGGGCAAAAACCGCAUAUGAUGCCAAUCCAGGUAAACAAAUCCAUAUUACGGGUAUAACACAAAGUUCAAAGAUUUUGAAGAGUGAGUUUUUCCUCUUCAAGCUUGAGUUGGUUAUCGAAAUUGCUCUCUGUUUUUUUGUUGUGUUUGUAUUCAGUGAAACUCGGACUCCAAAGGCUUUGGCAAGAUCUAGGGCUAAUUCAGUUACAACCAGAAGCUCAUCAGAAGCAAGUGAAAACGGAAUAAUUAAUAAAGUUGGCACUGUUUUUGCUCCUUUGAAAGCGUUACUUCAUGGUACUGGGAAAGUCAAAGUUAUGGUGAUUUCCUUAACAUUGGUAAUUGUUUUUGAUCAAGUAUUGAUGAUUGGAUUUAGUCAAGUCAUCCUCAAUUGGGUAGUUUUCAAAUUCGACUUUGAGGCUACUGACAUCUCCUACCUUCUUUCAAUCUUUUCAAUUUCAAGAGUCGUUAGUCUUCUCUUGUUGCUUCCUUUCUUCCAAACAACAGUUCUCAAAGGAUGGCUAAAGUUCAAGGUAUUGAAAUCUCGAUUGGACAUGAUUGACUUUAUAUUGAUUGUUAUGGCGUUGAUUGUUGACGUUGGUGUGUUUGGGAUUUUGUACCUUGCAAGGUCAAAGACAGACGUCUAUGCAUCAUUAUCGUUAUGGUCAUCUGCUUCGUGGACAGUUCCUGUAUUGAUUGCUGCUGUGUUGAAAUACUUCCCCACGAGCAAGGUUGGUGAGUUUUAUUCAGCACAAGCAUUACUCCAGAAUAUACUCAUGGUUAUUGGUCCCCUUGUGAUUGUGGACAUUUAUAAAUGGUCAUUGAAGAAGAACUGGGACAGUUUUAUCUUCUUGCUUUAUGGGGUUUUCAUGGCUAUGUUUGUUGCCGUUAUGUUUACUUGCAAAGCAGUAUCUGGAUUGAAGAGCAGCACUGAGGAGGAAAGGGCUGUUAGAAGAGCCACAUCAGUGAAUUUUGCAGAAGUUUUGGCUGAUGACGCUUGA